AUGAAGGUCACCGCUGCUGUUGCUGCCGUCGCGGCUUUCGCCUCCACCGCCUCCGCUGGUGUCGCCACCUGGUCUGACUGGAGCUCCUCGACCACCACAACCACCACUCCCGCCGCUGCCGCCAAGACCACCACUUCCUCCCACUCCUGGGCUGACUGGACCACCAGCUCCAGCGCUGCGGCCGCUACCACCACCACCGUCAAGAGCGUUGCCGACUCGAGCACUCACACCUGGGCCGACUGGUCCUCCAGCGCCCCAGUCAGCUAUACGACCACCGUUGUGAGUGCUAUUACGACUUACGUUCCCGGGGCAACGUCGUUCAACCACGCUGGCAAGACCUAUGAGAUCUCAUCAGCCACGACAUUGACUAUCACUGAUUGCCCGUGCACCAUUUCUGUUCCCGUCUACACCAAGACCUCCACAUCUUGCAGCACCCCUGAGGCCUCCGCAACCUGGUCUGACUGGACCACGUCGACCGCCGAGGUCGCCACCUCGUACACUCCCGUUGCUGCUGAGAGCACCACCGCUGUCUGGUCCAGCUACGCCCCGUCCAGCACCGUUGCCGCUGUGGCCACCUACACCGGUGCUGCCAACGCCCUCGUUGCCAACGUCGGCGCUGGUCUUGCUGGUGUUGGUGCCAUCGCUGCCUUCCUCCUGUAA